CAGUUGCUAGAGAGGCACGGCAUUUUAAGUGCAGAACAUCGCGAGGCCAUGGAGAAGAUGCUGCGAACUUGUGACGAAUUCGAUACUGGUGCCUCAUUGACAAGUUUCUUAUUUGACCUGUCGUUUUUGCCCUCUAGCUCUUCUGGACAAGUUUCGCAGAUCCUUCCUCUUGAUGAUCAAAAUCGUCUGAUAUCGUAUGAUUCUGCCGUGUCACCACAAAUGCCAUCGCCUUUCAUGUCGAAUAAUACUUUUGGGCGGACCAACCGAUUAUCUCCUUUGGAAACGUCACCGAAGAUACAAGAACCUCACAUUAGCACUGCCAGUUGCAGUAAAAUUCGCAGCACGGAAGUGACGGUGCUCCCAAAGGCUCGAUGUCGGGUUACCAAAUCCAGGAAAAAGGCUGAGCUAUCGCACGAUUCCAGAACAGCUGAGACGACGACGAACGUUCAAGCCUCUGCAGGACGGUCUUUCAUAAUGAAUCCAGGAUUACGACCACUUUCUCGCUCAACUACAAGAACUUCACACGUUGAUGACCAUCCGAAUAUUUCUUCCGCAUAUGGAGUCGAGUCUUCGAGGCAGCAGAUAUCCUCCUUUCCAGCAGCUCUCAAUGCUCAACUUAUUCUAGAAAAAAUCACCAAAGAACUACUGCUGCCUCCACUGCUGCCGAAGCUUGAGGACUUGGAUCAGGAUCGAAUGAUCGUAUCGAAGACCAACGGAAGAAGACCAGCUUUCCUCGACGAAGAAGUGAGUGCCGAUUAUUUCACCAGAAAAAAGUUAAAACCGAGCAGACCCGGAGUGUUUCAUUCGAAAGUUUCGCCACCAUCUGUUGCUACUCCUACUAAGACUGAAGAAAGCAGUCUUUUGACUAAGAACGCAAUCGAUGACGAAGACCCCGACAUGGUUUAUGGCGAAGUCUUGAGACACGUGAUUUCAAAAGUGGUUUGUCUGCUGGAAACGCAAAACACCAGAACUACUCAUCCUGUAGAACUGUACUCAAAUGUAAAUGUAAAUUUCUGCGCCAGUUCACAGUACGUGUCAGCAUGUAGUUCGAUCUCGAUUCAUCGUGCGGUCAAAAGUUGCGUCACAAAACGUGUGACGCGUUCAGAUCAGCGGACGAAAAGACCGCCUUCUGCCUCUUUAGUGCCCUUACAGCAGGAGAAUACAAUUUUGGACACUGUUAAGAAGACAAGAGAAAGGUCGCCACCUUUCGUGUUGAAUAGCAGUGAAGAACGCACAGAAGUUCCAACAAAGACGGUCAUGAAAAACACAUGUUCAAGCGAAGUUAGCGAUACCCUGUCAUUGGUGUCGAUUAGUGGACCUCAUCUUUCUUCGAACCAAGAAAAAGCAACUCAUGACUUAGCUGAUGAAAUCAAAAACGCUACAGAAGUGACUGAUGUCUCAAAAAGGUCAAAGUUGGGUCCCGUCAUAUCUCCUUCAUUGACAAUUUGCGACCAGUGUACGACAGAAGAAACAACCAGGAAAGACAGGACAUCUUCAGAAAUGUCCAAACAGAAUUUGUCGUCUUUGUCUAUUAAUGAUCUGCAGCCGACGUCGGACAAGAAGGAAAGGCCACUGAAAGAUACUAAGAAAUCCAAAAGGGCACAGAAAGCUCGUUUCUCGAAUGAGCUUAGACUCAGUCGAGUUUUAAGUCCUAUACUGACACUUUCCAACGAGGAAGAAACAGUGUCAGCAGUGGUUACCAGGAGCGCAAAGUGUCACAACAGCGCGAUCGACAAGUCGUUGCCUGCAUCCAGCAGUGGCCAGAGUCCGGUCUCAGGUUUAAAAGAAAGACCCCUUGAUGUUUCGGAUGAACUCAGAGAUGCAAAGCAAGAUGCUGAUUCAACAGAUGACAAGUUGAUAUCUCCUGUUCAGUCACCACCUCCACUGCUAAUUUGCAGUGAUGAAAACGAGGUGGUUGCAAAACAGUUCUCAACAGGCAUAACCGGUUCAAAUAAGUUUAAAUAUGUUUCUCCCUCUACGUGCACUGAUGAAAAAAAAACAGUCACAGCACUUUCGCAACUUAUAGAUGUGAAACCAGAUGCGGGUGAUCCGGAAAAUGAGUUGAUACCCUGUCCUGAAUCUCCCACUUCAUUGCUGGUUUGCAAUGAAAAUGACAAGACGGACGCAAUAGUCAGUAAGAAAACCGCAGGAGAGGUUGUGAUGAGCAUGUCAUCUUCAAACAAACCGAUCAAAAGGUCGUCUUUCAUCGGUGAUCACCGUGCGGUCUCGAAUCAAACAAAAUCAACUCCUAACGUUGUCAAGAAAAAGAGAAAAACCGAACAACUUAUUGCUUCUAAAACGAAGUUUAAACCACCCUCCGCAUCUCGACGUUCGCUGCCGAAUUGCAGUAAAGACAGUGUUGAAACAGUAACUGAGACGGUUGUCAAACGUUCUCCUGAAAAACGCUGGAUGAAAGCGGUGACUUCUGAAAAGUUGAAUUUGGAGCUCGAUGCCGAAAUUUCGGCACCGGUUGAGAAACUUUCCAUCGUUGAAGACAUGUUUGGUGAAUUGUCUUCUUCCUCGUCUCCUGAGUUGCAGGUGGAUGAGAAGCAAGAUAAAGAGAUGAAAGACUAUGCUGUAAAAGCCGAUAUUAACAACUGUCUAAAAGGAGUUAAAUUUACAAAAAACUGUGACAAACAGAAACAAGUUGUGUCCACACAGAGCCUUGAAACUACGGGUGCCAGACGGGGGAGAAAAAGGUUAAGUACCGUACCCACUGAUCUUGAAGUAACUGAGUUUGGGACUGAUUCUGUGAGCAACAACAACGUAAGUCGCAGGAAGCAGCAAAAAUCUGAGGAUCCUGUGUCGAAAGUGGUUCGAUGCAUUCGAAGAAAAAGAACACUGGCUGACGAUGAUGGUGGUGGCAAUGCCAAAAGACCAGCUCUUGCGAAAACUGUCGUACAACCGAAAGAGAUGUUCCCUUGUUGUAUACAGCGCCCACCUCUUCCCAAGACGAUCCUAUUGUACGUCCAAUGCAACAUAGAAAAGAUGUGCAGACAGGAAAGAGGAUAUUUGCCUGUCACAGUCGUCAACAACUUCAUGAAGAAGAUUACGCAGAUCAAACCACAAGUACUGGUCAGUGCUGUUCUAAGCGUCAUGACUGAAAAUGCGGUCGAAAUGCUAAACAGCAUUUAUCGUAUGGCCGGAGUAGGUUGCAUGCCAGCAUGUAAACAAGUGUUAUCCAAAAAUGAGUCCAGCCUGUUGGCCCUUUUUGAUCGGCUGUUUACCUUCAAGCCGGAAUGGAAGAUUGAAGUUUACGAGAAGCUAAUUUUCGAAAUACGGCGUAAGAUCGUUUCCGCCUCUGAAUUGACGGUUGGCCAAAAGGAAACCUACUGUCGGAUUUGUGCCGUGUUAUGCGAACAGAUGAACAGGCUCGAUCUGUUCAAGGAAGUCAUCUCAGUGAUUAUCGCCAGUCGAUGCAGCCGUACAAUUCAUGUUCUUGAGAUGUUGCUCUCAUUAGCGGUCUGUUGGCCUCUCGCCUUUCGGCAACUCGUUCUUGACGAGGCAAGCCGAGUUCCGCUGUUCUUUCUGAUUUUCAGCCAUCUCGUUACUCGGCGUAAGUCGUUGACCAAGAAAAUCUGUGCCGUCGUCUCCACUUAUAUUUGUUGUGAUAUGUCUGAACAGCCGCCCGACGCAACCUCAUUGUUGCGACAUUCACUGGCCGAACUGCGUUGCACCGGUUCCUACGUUAUGGACAAUGACAACUAUGUGAUCAUGCCGGAUACCACUUCUUCCCUCUGUCUCGUCCGUAUCUGCCAGCUGAUUGCUUACUGCAACGACAGCCAAACGGAAUGUCUCAUAUCUGAGCAUUUAAUUGAUCCGGUGCUUUCCUGGCCGACUAUGAACAAGAGCGAUGCCGAAAGUCGUGGUGGACUGAGGUACAUCGUCGUUUCUCUGCUUUCCGCGAUUCAUCUCGUCCAGGUUUGGCCAGGAUACAGUCGCUCAGACUGGUUUUACGCUUUGAGUGAAAUAAUCAACGGCCGGGGUCCGUACAGCGACAGCGACGUUGUCCAAUGCUCCUGUUGUCAAGUCCUCAUGUACCUUAAACCCUGGUUCCCAAAUUUUAAAGAAUCGAAUUUCAUGGUGUUGCAUUAUUCCCCGAUUGUUGGACGUCCGGAAGUUGAGAUUCUCAAAGAAGUGCUUAUUAACAUAUAA